AUGGACUCGACGACACGGUUCUUCACGAAGCUGAGAAAGCUGGCCGUGACUCUAGAAUCGGAAACUGCCAAGCUCCAGCACUCGUUUGAAAACCGCAACAACGACGACGGGGACAGCGACACCGCUGCCAAAGCGAUGCGAGCAUACCACGAACUGAACUGUGAGGUCGGGAACCUAAAGGGGCAGAUCCAGAGUCAGUUGACUCAGCAGAAAGCAAAGGAGAAUGAGGUGAGCAGCUUCAUUAAGGCCUGCAGAGUGAUGGAGCAGAAGGUCACUCAGGACAUCCAGGUUCUGAAGGGAUGCUGGGAAAAGUAUGGGUACGACGCUCCCAAAGACGCCCAGAGACCAAGCAAAGACGUGGGUCAGGAGUCAGAUGCUGAAGAUCAAGUAGCAGAAGAGAAUAGAAGUAAGUCAACUGAAGGAGAAGAGGGAAGCGGGGAGGAGGCUGGAGAUGAUCAAUCCUCAUCACCUGUAAAAGUGGGGCCGCCGCCCUUUGCUGACGUGCUGCGAACCCCGCAGCUUUCUGACUUUGGUCUGUCUGAGAUGCAGCUGAAGAGAGCUCUAGCUGGGGCAGAGUGGUGCUCUGAAGUGCCCCCUAUGCCCGAGAUGAGCCUCCCUCACCCCUCACUCAACACACCCGCACCACCACCCAUGCCCUUAACUCCCAAAUGCGCCCUGCGGAUGGACGAUGACGAGCUGCAGACGCCCCAGAUGCAUGACUUUGGCAUCUCGGAGCACACCAUGUGUCUGAACAACGACUUCACCAUGGAUCUGCUCCGGAAGAACGUUGAAAAGCCCCAAAGACCCUCACAAGACAAACCUGAACCACCAGUGGACUCUUUGAGGGAGAGUUUGCAGACAAAAGGUAUCAAAAUCAAAAAGACAAACAGUCACUGCUCCCCACCUGCGCAAGUCAGUGGUGACCCAGAAUCCCCUGUUUGCCCUGGACACCUGCCUACCACCCCUGAGGUGCCAGCGUUUCAAACCCCAUACUUGAACCGACUUGUCAGCAACAAAAAGAGUGCGCAGCAGCCCGAGCCGAUCACCAUGGAGGCAGAUGAUGACAACCACACCUUUAAACUUGCAACGCCCACUCAUAACGGAGCAGCCGGCUCCAAACGCUCCUGGGAGUACAAUGUGCCAGAGAUGUCUAUCAUGGGUGUGGAGGACAAGCAGAUGCCGGAGAUGCCAAACCUGGAGUCUCUUCUGGGAAAUUCUCUACAAACUAGAAGUGCAAAAAUCCCAAAGAAGACCAGCGGGCAUGACAAGGUGACCAAGGAGCCCACUGUCAACCGUCUGGAGCUGGACGGACCCACCCAGGAGUUCAGCUUGGGGACACCUCGCAUCAGGAUGGCCUACGAGGAGCCCAGCACCCCAGAGAUGCCUGACCUCAGCUCUGUUACACAGGACAUCUGUAAACUUGUGUCCCAGGCUCAGUUGAAGAAGACUGACGUGGCGGUUGUGCACCCAAAUGUCCGACCAGAAAAACAUGAAAACAGCGCUGCGAGUAUGCCUGUGGUGUCAGAGAGUGAGUUUCAGAGUUUACCCAGCUACCUGAGGCAGAUGACGCUGUACAACCUCAACCAGGUCGUCCACAACAUCAACAAGUUCACAGCAAAGUUUCACGGAGAAAAAACUGAGCUUCAGAUGGAGGACCUGAAGAGGAUCACCAAUCUUGGAACAAAGACCCCAAUAUACAUCCUCUGUCUAGCUGAGCUCAAGAGGCUGGAGCAAGUGGGAGGAGCCAGGGACACCUCUGUUUACAAACUGAGUGCACACACCUGAAGGUUGCUUGGAUACAUUACACAUUGUCCAAUUGGGAGCAGAAAUCUAGUCUCAUCCAGACUCUCAAAAACCUGCUCGUACAUCCAGAAAGCAGGCGUGGUAACAUUUCUAUCUUUUUUUUUGGCCAGAUUUUAAAUAGCUCUGAUGCAUGGCUGGUCAAUAACUUGAACUUCUAUAAUUUGAUGGAUCUGAAUAUAAGCUGACAUGUAUAUAAUAAAUCAUAACACAUUUCUGCACAUGAUAUGGAAAUGAGCUCUCCAGAGACUAUUAACUGUGUAUUACAUUUAAAGCUUUAGGAUAUUUAACUUUAAAGAAACAUUUAACUAAUGGUGGAUAAAAGGUGAUAUGAGUAUUAACUCAGUAUAAGCUCAUGACUUGAACUCUAGUCUACAGCAUUAAUGAUUGAUGCUAAAGAAACACUUCCUAAAACAAAUGUGGGCACAUACAGUAGCUACUGUAAAAAUGUAAAAAAGAUAAAAG